GGUGCUACUUAGGCAACGUGUAUGUCUCCCAGUAACCUCCUCUAUGUUGAAGAGGUCAAUUUUGCUCAUUCCUCCAUCUCACAACGAGCGAGGAUUCCUCAGCCGCUAUUUGACAACAUCAACCUACACUAUCCUUCUUGUCAUAGCAUCAUGUCGGAGUACAUCUGCCCAGUGCGCCUCUGUAAAAAAGAGUUUAUGUUCCUCAGCAAGCUCCGGACACAUCUCUUUCGAUCCCACGAUCUCGCCUGGGAGGACGGCCGAAAGGUUGAUCACGCCAGUCAGGUGCAAAAGAGGAAGCGAGGUGCCAAGGUCGAGAAGGGACCGACGAGUAUGCAGACUCAGAAACAGAGGAAGAAGCAGAAGAGCACGGUGCCGGGAGGAGCUCCUGUCCCCGGGACAGCUUACGACAGCGACAUUGUCCCCAUCAUUGACAUGCGAACUCCUUCCCCCAGCCCAGCCGGAGUCGGCAUCCCCCAGACUCCGUAUGAUGCUCCUGAGACACCACGUCCCAGCCAAUGGGCCAUGACGCCAGAUUCGUCAGAUACACCCUCGCCUCGAUCUUCCCCUGACCCAGUGAUUCAGACCCCCACAUCACUCCUACAACAGCGCGUCUCUGGAACAUCUUCGAAGAAAUUCCCAACGUGGGCCGUCCGAACGCCGAGCCCUCUGCCUGGCAAGAACAGAGUGGUCGGUGCCGAAUCGGCUAGAGUGAUCAGUGCCGGAACUAUUGGUGAAGACACAGACUUCUUGGACGAGGACGAAGAAUGCGCUGGGUCACCGCUCGACGUCCUCGGAGGGAUAUUCAAAACCAAUGAUAGCGACAAGGACGUGGAUACCGACGUGGGACGCGAUCUCUUGGAGCAGGAUGACCGGACCGAAGGACAGGCAUCUGAAGUGAACUCGUUUCUUCCGGGUCCAGGCGAAGAGUCGUCCAUCACAGUGACUCUCACAAAAGUCCCUGCGGAUCCCUCACCUGUCUCUGUCGCAAGAUCGCCCCUCCUCGGACCUGCUUACGAUGUAUUCCUUCCAGAGCACCGGAAGAAGUCUCAACCCCGGAAGGAUGAUCAUCUCGAAGAAUCGCCCUCGGAAGACAGCGUCGACCAGUACAUGACUGGCAACGAAGACCAUCACGGCAUGGGCUUAGAGCAUGGCGAAAGCGGCCCUGCAUCUCCAAAGUCGUCUUCGCUUGUCCCCCAGACCCCUUCUCAUUCCGGCCGCGGAAGCAACCACUUGCCCUCCCCGACCAGCUCUCAGCUCAUUGAGCAGCUCCUCCAAACGCCACUUGUAUCAGCAUCCGCUCCACAAGCGAUGCCAGAUCUCUGUCCCUGCCUGAUUCUUAAGAUGAUUCAUCGGCUCACGGCCCAGGCUUGCGGCAAGUGUCAUUGCCAAGCGCACAGUGACAAUUUCAGCUGCAAGUGA